CUAUCUAACCUCAAACAAACCUAAAAGAAAAGCGGAGAAGUUGCCACCAAAUUCCCCUCCCAAAAAGAAAUAAAAUAAAAUUAGGGUGGGGAAUAAAAGAGAGAGAUAGUUGUUUGCUGUGGUUGCGUUUUGUUGAAGAUUUAUAUUCCACAGGUGUGGGAACCAUUCUCUCUCGCUCACAAACAAAUAUUAUGCACCUUCUUCUUUUUUCGUAGUCAUUUUCCACUCCUUCUUCUUCCCCACGCAACCACAAGUUAUGCCGACUUUUACUGCUAUAGCAUUUGAUAGGUUAAUAGAGCCGGGAGGUUCUAGGGCGGGUCAAAAAUCUGCUUCAACCUCGGUGCCGGUUCCUAAUUCGAAGAGGCUCGAGAGGAGGAGUAGUGAACCAACUGCAACUCCCAGAAAGAAACCGCCUACUCGACCUCAAUUAAAGCCGUCACUCUAUGCCACUCCUGAGGUGACGCCGCUUCCAGAUUCUCCGCUUCAAGAUUCAACUUCUUCAUUCCCGCCUUCUCCUUACAUCAUUAAUCACAAACGCCGUGGCCCGCGGCUACUCAAGAGUUUCUCGGAGGCCAAUGUACAGGCCAAGCAGGAGGUUUGUGAAGAAGGAAAUGUUAGUGGUAAGAGCUCUGAUACCGUGGUUUCUAGUUCGGCUGGUGAUCUCCAAGUUACUUGUGUUAACCCUGAGCCUCUUAAGGAGGAGCAAGAUAAUGGGGUACAAGAUACUAAAUUAAGUACCAGCAAUGGUGGCGAUGUUGGGCAUGAGAACAGAGAAAAUAAAAGUAGUAAUGAUCCUAAUGGAAAGCAUGUGGAGAAGCUAGUGGCGUUGAAUUUGGAGAGAGAUGGUGAGAGCGAGGACUUUUAUGAUCCACGUGAUACUAUGAGUUCUAUGAGUUUCACAAGUUACACGGAUGGAGAGGAUAAUACAGGCACAGAGCGCUCUGCGAAAUAUAGCACUGCUGCAGAGUUUUUUGACGCUUGGGAAGAACUCUCUUCUGAUGGUGGCACUCAAGGUUCUCUACGACUACGUGAUGUUGAUGCUGAAUUGCGCGAAAUAAGGUUGAGUCUAUUGAUGGAGAUAGAGAAGCGAAAGCAAAUUGAAGAAUCAAUGAAAAGCAUGCAAAGCCAGUGGGAGAGAAUCAGAGAAGGGUUAUCUUCUGUUGGAAUUGUUUUACCUGCAGAUCUUACUGCUAUUGCAGAAGGUGGGCAGCUGGAUUCUGAUCCUGUAGAUGAUCUAUGUCAGCAGGUUUACAUUGCUAGGUUCAUAUCAAACGCCAUUGGAAGAGGAACUGCUAGGGCUGAGGCGGAGACAGAGAUGAAAACCCAAUUAGACUCCAAGAACUUUGAGAUUUCUCGACUAUUGGAACGCCUUCAUUAUUAUGAGACCAUGAAUAGGGAGAUGUCUCAGAGGAACCAGGAGGCAGUAGAGACGGCAAGGCGAGAGAGACAAAGAAGGUCUAGGAGGCAGAAAUGGAUUUGGGGCUCUAUUACUACUGCCAUUGUACUUGGUACUACAGCAAUAGCAUGGUCAUAUCUCCCAUCAAGUAAAGGAUCAACAUCUACAGACCAUGAUGAGGUUUUCGAACACGAUGACGGAGCCAACUAAUAUUCCACCAACACUAACUUUGCAUAGUUAUGGUAGGAGAGGAGAAUAAAAGUUUUACAUGCUACUAUGUGGCUUACAAAUCUCAUACUUGAUCAAUUACAAUUUUGCGGCAUUUUGAGUAUGUGCAUAAAUAUUGGGCCGUUCAGUACGAUUACUUUGCAUUCUUUGGUUAGUAAAAUGGUACAGUCCUCGUUGAUAAGAUAUAUUCCAUAUAGUUUUUUGCUUACCGAUUCUUGCGAGCUGAAUAAGCAUUUACAUCUGAUACAUUUCACAGAGCGUGGUAUAGAUUCUUUAUGCUUGAUCUUCCAAGCAUUCUAAUACAUGAGAAGAAAUUUGAUACUUGAUGUUGUUUAAUAAAUGAAAUAUGUUCAAGCUAUGAUGAAUGCACAACCUGGUAGAAUUCUGGUUUCUAAUCUGGUUUGGCUCGGUUCCCUGACAAUAAAGUAAUUUGUUAACUCUGGAAGUAUAGCCAUGUUUGUCAAGCAUGGUUACGGCUCUUUUCAACGAAAUAAAAUGCGGCUGAUUGUAAUAUUUUUAUUUAUGAA